CCGUUAACUACUCUUCAUCACUUGCUUGAGUUACUUCUCUCUCUUUCCCUUUUUUUUCGGUUGGUUUGCUUCGUCGAUCUGUGUUCCGACAAAAUUUGGAUAUCCCAAAAUGGGUGGAUGGGAUAGGGUUAGGUCAUCGAGGUCACGACUUACAGGAAUAGGAGGAGGGUUCUCAAGGCUGCCCAACAUGAACGAGCGCCAGUCUUCGUCUGUACGUCUAGGUCGGAUCCAACCCCAGGCUCCUGAUCACCGCACUAUCUUCUGCAAUGAUCGAGAGGCCAACUUUCCCGUCAGAUUCAAGGGGAACUCUAUAUCGACCACAAAGUAUAACCUCCUUACCUUUCUGCCGAAAGGGUUGUUUGAACAGUUCAGGCGGGUAGCUAAUUUGUACUUUCUUAUGAUCUCUAUCUUGUCUACUACUCCAAUCAGUCCUGUUCAUCCUGUAACAAAUGUGGUACCAUUGAGUCUUGUGCUUUUCGUCUCACUUGUAAAGGAGGCUUUUGAGGACUGGAAACGUUUACUUAAUGAUAAAGUGAUCAAUAGUAGUCCCGUAGAUGUUUUGCAAGGCCAGAGAUGGGAAAGUAUACCUUGGAAGAAGCUGCAGGUUGGGGACAUUGUUAGACAGGUUAAGAAGGAUGGGUUCUUUCCUGCUGAUGUACUGUUCCUUGCCAGUUCAAAUCCAGAUGGUGUCUGCUACAUUGAGACCGCAAAUCUUGAUGGUGAGACGAAUCUGAAGAUCCGAAAAGCACUGGAAAGGACUUGGGAUUACUUGACUCCUGAGAAAGCAUCUGAAUUUAAAGGGGAAAUACAAUGUGAACAACCAAAUAACUCAUUGUACACUUUCACUGGCAACAUCAUUAUCCAAAAGCAAACAUUGCCCCUUUCUCCAGAUCAAUUAUUGUUGCGAGGAUGCAGUCUCCGAAAUACAGAGUACAUAGUUGGGGCUGUUAUUUUUACUGGGCAUGAAACAAAGGUUAUGAUGAAUGCCAUGAAUGUUCCUUCCAAAAGAAGUACGUUGGAGAGGAAACUUGACAAGCUUAUACUCGCUCUCUUUGGUACUCUCUUCUGUAUGUGUCUCAUUGGUGCCAUUGGCAGUGGUGUGUUCAUAAAUCGCAAGUACUACUAUUUAGGUCUUGAUGAAAGUGUGGAAAAUCAGUUCAACCCCAACAACAGAUUUGUCGUUGCAGUGCUGACAAUGUUUACUCUAAUUACAUUGUACUCGACCAUUAUUCCCAUUUCUCUUUAUGUUUCCAUUGAGAUGAUCAAAUUUAUUCAGUCCACUCAGUUUAUCAACAAGGAUUUACAUAUGUACCAUAUUGAAACCAACACACCUGCAUUGGCUCGUACAUCCAAUCUGAAUGAGGAGCUCGGACAGGUGGAGUACAUAUUUUCCGAUAAAACGGGAACAUUAACAAGAAACAUGAUGGAGUUCUUUAAGUGUUCAAUUGGAGGAGAGGUGUAUGGGACUGGUAUCACUGAAGUAGAAAAAGGAGGUGCUGAGCGGACGGGCAUGAAAAUUGAAGAGGUGCCAAGAUCAGCAACUUCACUGCAUGAGAAGGGUUUUAAUUUUGAUGAUCCUAGGGUUAUGCGUGGUGCAUGGAAGAACGAGCCUAAUUCUGAUACUCUCAAGGAAUUCUUCAGAUGUCUGGCUAUAUGUCAUACUGUGCUUCCUGAAGGUGAUGAAUCCCCAGAGAAGAUUACAUAUCAGGCUGCAUCCCCAGAUGAAGCUGCUCUAGUUACUGCAGCAAAGAACUUUGGCUUCUUCUUUUAUAGGCGGACACCAACUACAAUCAUUGUUCGUGAAUCACAUGUAGAGAAGAUGGGUAAAAUCCAAGAUGUCUCUUAUGAGAUUCUGAAUGUUUUAGAGUUUAAUAGUACAAGGAAGCGCCAGUCAGUCAUAUGUCGCUAUCCAAAUGGGAGGCUUGUUUUGUAUUGCAAGGGUGCAGACUCUGUCAUCUACGAAAGACUGGCUGAAGGAAAUAAUGGGAUGAAGAACUUGAGUAGGGAACACUUGGAACAGUUUGGUUCUGCUGGUUUACGUACACUUUGCCUGGCUUAUAGGGAUUUAAGUACUGAGCUGUAUGAAAGCUGGAACGAGAAAUUCAUUCAAGCAAAAUCCUCUUUGAGAGAUCGGGAAAAGAAAUUGGAUGAGGUGGCUGAACUUAUAGAGAAGGACCUUAUUUUGAUUGGCUGCACUGCUAUAGAAGACAAGCUUCAAGAGGGAGUUCCAACUUGUAUAGAAACUCUUUCUAGAGCUGGAAUCAAGAUUUGGGUUUUAACAGGGGACAAGAUGGAGACAGCAAUAAAUAUAGCAUAUGCAUGUAGCUUGAUAAACAAUGACAUGAAACAGUUCACGAUCAGCUCUGAAACAGAUGAGAUGAGAGAAGUCGAAAGUAGGGGUGACCCUGUAGAGACUGCACGCUUUAUCAAAGAGACAGUGAAACAAGAGCUGAGAAAAUGCCUUGAAGAAGCAGAACACUAUCUACAUAGAGUGGGUGGACCCAAAUUGGCUCUCAUAAUUGAUGGGAAAUGUUUGAUGUAUGCAUUGGACCGAAGUUUACGAGGAAUUUUGCUUAAACUGAGCUUGAUUUGUAGCUCAGUAGUAUGCUGCCGAGUUUCUCCACUGCAGAAAGCACAGGUGACUAGCCUAAUUAAGAAAGGUGCACGGAAGAUAACCCUUAGCAUAGGUGAUGGUGCUAAUGAUGUGAGCAUGAUUCAAGCUGCUCAUGUUGGUGUUGGAAUAAGUGGGUUGGAAGGAAUGCAAGCCGUUAUGGCUAGUGAUUUUGCAAUCGCACAGUUUCGCUACCUUACAGAUUUACUUCUUGUGCAUGGCCGGUGGUCAUAUCUUAGAAUAUGCAAGGUGGUGACAUACUUCUUUUACAAGAAUCUUACUUUCACUUUGACUCAAUUUUGGUUCACCUUCCACACUGGAUUUUCUGGUCAAAGAUUCUACGAUGACUGGUUCCAAUCUUUGUACAAUGUUAUUUUUACAGCUUUGCCUGUGAUCAUUCUUGGACUGUUUGACAAGGAUGUCAGCGCAUCUCUUUCCAAGAAAUAUCCUCAGUUGUACAAAGAGGGAAUAAGAAAUUCCUUCUUCAAAUGGAGAGUUGUGGGGAUCUGGGCUUUCUUUUCUUUCUACCAGUCACUGGUCUUCUAUUACUUUGUGACUGCUUCCAGCUGUAAUGGUCACAAUUUAUCGGGCAAAAUUUUUGGUUUAUGGGAUGUCAGCACCAUGGCCUUCACUUGUAUUGUAGUAACUGUCAAUGUGCGUCUUCUUAUGGCCUGUAAUUCUAUCACUAGAUGGCACCAUAUUAGCAUUGGAGGAAGCAUUUUAGCAUGGUUUGUGUUUAUCUUUAUCUAUUCUGGAAUUAUGACGCCACAUGAUAGACAAGAGAAUAUAUUUUUUGUCAUUUAUGUCUUGAUGAGUACAUUCUAUUUCUAUCUCACUCUUCUCCUUGUUCCCAUCGUUGCACUUCUCGGUGACUUCCUUUACCAAGGGAUUCAAAGAUGGUUCUUUCCCUAUGACUAUCAGAUUGUUCAAGAAAUUCACAGGGAGGACCCAGAUGACAGCAGCAGAGCUGAGUUGGAGAUUCAGAAUCAUCUUACACCAGAUGAACAGAGGAGUUAUGCAAUUGCUCAACUCCCUAGAGAAACUUCUAAGCACACUGGCUUUGCUUUUGAUUCACCCGGUUAUGAAUCAUUCUUCGCUUCACAGGCUGGUGUUUUGGCUCCACAGAAGGCCUGGGAUGUGGCCCGUAGAGCCAGUAUGCGACAAACAAGGACAUCUAAAAAAGAAUUAAACUAGAAAAUGUACAUUUCUUUUUCUUUUAGACAUUUAAUCACAAAAUCUGUAA